GCAGCAGCGGCGGCGUUGGGGUCGGCGAGCUUGGCUGCUACAGGUCCCGCAGCGGCGCCCGCGAGGGACCCGGGCCUCGGGUGGAGGAGGAGGUGCGGGGCGGCGGCGCUUGGCGAUGGUGGGCGUCCCCGGAGCGUCCGCCUUCCAGCUUGGUGCUGACAAAAGGGUGCCAGCAAUGCCUGGAUCGCCUGUGGAAGUGAAGAUACAGUCAAGAUCCUCACCUCCCACCAUGCCACCCCUCCCACCAAUAAAUUCCGGAGGACCUAGGCCAGUGUCAUUCACUCCUACAGCAUUGAGCAACGGCAUCAACCAUUCUCCUCCCACCCUGAAUGGUGCCCCAUCACCACCACAGAGAUUCAGCAAUGGUCCUGCCUCUUCCACAUCAUCUGCACUAACAAAUCAACAGUUGCCAGCCACUUGUGGUGCCCGGCAGCUCAGCAAGUUGAAACGUUUCCUCACCACUCUGCAACAGUUUGGCAAUGAUAUCUCACCUGAGAUUGGGGAGAAGGUGCGGACUCUUGUUCUAGCACUGGUGAACUCAACAGUAACAAUUGAAGAAUUCCAUUGCAAGCUCCAAGAGGCUACAAACUUUCCUCUCCGUCCUUUUGUUAUUCCAUUCCUCAAGGCGAACCUGCCUCUGCUGCAGCGAGAACUGCUGCACUGUGCUCGGGCCGCCAAGCAGACACCAUCCCAGUACCUGGCUCAGCAUGAACACCUUCUGCUCAACACAAGUAUUGCAUCCCCUGCUGACUCUUCUGAGCUGCUCAUGGAGGUGCAUGGAAAUGGAAAGAGGCCCAGUCCAGAGAGGCGGGAAGAGAGCAGUUUUGAAAGAGAUACAAUUCCUCCUGAGCCUCCUGCCAAGAGAGUGUGUACCAUUAGCCCUGCUCCCCGGCACAGUCCUGCCCUGACUGUGCCCCUCAUGAAUCCUGGGGGCCAGUUCCAUCCUACUCCUCCACCUCUUCAGCACUAUACCUUAGAAGAUAUUGCAACUUCCCACCUAUAUCGUGAACCCAACAAGAUGCUAGAACAUCGAGAAGUUCGUGAUAGACACCACAAUCUUAGUCUAAAUGGAGGCUAUCAAGAUGAGUUGGUAGACCACCGUUUGACAGAAAGGGAAUGGGCUGAUGAAUGGAAACAUCUUGAUCAUGCCCUGAACUGCAUUAUGGAAAUGGUAGAGAAAACAAGGCGCUCCAUGGCAGUCCUGAGGCGCUGUCAGGAAUCAGAUCGUGAAGAACUCAACUACUGGAAAAGACGAUACAAUGAAAACACAGAGAUGAGGAAAACAGGGAGUGAGUUGGUCUCCAGGCAGCACAGUCCCGGGAGCGCAGAUUCUCUCAGCAAUGAUUCUCAGCGGGAAUUCAACAGUAGGCCAGGAACAGGAUAUGUACCUGUGGAGUUUUGGAAAAAAACUGAAGAAGCUGUGAAUAAGGUGAAAAUUCAGGCCAUGUCAGAAGUACAGAAAGCCGUUGCUGAGGCAGAGCAAAAAGCCUUUGAAGUGAUUGCUACCGAGAGAGCUCGGAUGGAGCAGACAAUAGCGGAUGUCAAACGGCAGGCCGCAGAGGACGCCUUUCUCGUCAUAAACGAGCAAGAAGAGUCGACGGAGAACUGCUGGAACUGUGGCCGCAAAGCCAGUGAGACCUGCAGUGGCUGCAAUAUCGCACGAUAUUGCGGCUCUUUCUGCCAGCAUAAGGAUUGGGAGCGCCACCACCGCCUCUGUGGCCAGAACCUGCACGGCCAGAGUCCCCACAGCCAGAGCCGGCCACUGCUUCCUGGAGGGAGGGGCUCCUCAGCCCGGUCUGCCGACUGCAGUGUGCCAAGUCCAGCCCUGGACAAGACCUCAGCAACCACCUCGCGCUCCUCAACACCUGCCUCUGUGACAGCCAUUGACACCAACGGACUCUGAGCCCCAGACUCACUUCCCCUGAUGACCUCACAGCACGACAGACUCUGCACGGGAGGCUGGCUGCUUGAACCAGUGCAAGUAGCUGUUGCGUCAUCAUCAAGAGAAGUGGAGGCAGGAAGACUUCAAGCCCCAGCAAGCACUGCUCCCCAGCCUCUCCAGACACUUGCCGCAGUUUCC